CGUUCCAAAAAGCUCUCCUCUUCCGGUCUUCCCCCCUUCUGCAGCUGUGCUCCCCUGCCCCGCGGCGCCGCCGCCAGCCUCUCGUGCGCCAUGCCACCGCGAAAGCGCCCGGCGCUGCCGCCGGAUGAGCCCUCCCCUUCCUCGAAGCAUCAACCUGAAGCACAUCCGUCCGAACCCUCCAAACCCUCACCCGAUUCCGAGCAGCCGAUCAUCUCGGCGGCGAUCCUCGCCCAACUGCCCCCCCAGGAGCGCCUGGCGUACAAGCUCAUCUUCGAGGCGGGCAACAAGGGCAUGUGGAUGCUGGAUAUCCGCAAGAAGUUGUUGAUGGGCCCCAACAUCGCCACCAAGGUCGUGCGUACCCUCGUGACGCGGCGGCUCCUCAAGGAGGUCAGCGAUGUGCGCCACCGUAGCAGGAAGAUCUUCAUGGCCACCGACUUCCAGCCCUCUGCCGAGAUCACCGGCGGCACCUGGUACCACGACGGCCGCCUGGACACUGACGCCGUAACCACUGCGCGCCGCUGCUGCCAGGCGCAGGUCGAGAGGCUCGGCGCCGCCACCGUGCAGAUGAUCCACCACGGUAUUCUGAAGGACGAUCCCAGGGCCGGGUACACUAUCGACAAGAUCAGGGAUAUCAUCAAGACCAUGGUUCUCGACAAGGUCCUCGAGGAGGUCAAGAGCACCGGCACGGGGGAGUUCAGGGAUGUCAGGGCCGGCACAAUGUGCUAUCGGCUGGUGACUGGGGCUCCGCAGGGAGGGAUGAUGGAGGGAAUUCCUUGUGGGGUUUGCCCCAGGAUUGAUGAGUGCUCGCCGGAGGGGAUAAUCUCACCGAGCACGUGCGUUUACUACAAGAAGUGGCUGCAGAUGGACUUCUAGGCGGUUAGCCGUCUUCUGCUGUACCUGUAUAUGUGUAUAUGAUGGAGUGUUGGAGUCCAUUGGAGAACUCAGUUUCAUAUUGACCAAUUGGGGCUGUUGGAUCACACGCUAGGCUGGAUUCAAAUGUUCAAUUGGAACCUCUGAAAGGAUAGUCAUAGAAGCGCAGUUUCAGAUUCUGGUAGAUCGGCAAAAUCCCGCUCUUGUGCUGAAGUUAUAUAUUGACAUUGAGCAUGUGAACCCAAAGUGUUCCUGUUUGACAUCCAAAGGACCAACAAAGACCCAAUUCCAAUGACAGAGGCUCCCACAUGAGUGGGGUGUGGGGAAGAGGUAAACUGAGACAAGUCUUUCCCUGCAAAUACGGAGAUGCUGUUUCAAGUCAGUGACCUGAUGACCCAGUGAGACAACUCUCAGUCUCUCACCACUGCACCAGGCAUCCCUACUAUUGGUACAUACACUGAAGUUAGUCUGUAUACAAUCUCGAAUUACGAGGAAAUUAAGUGAGUAACUUAAUAAGCUGUGAUGAGAUCAUCUUUUAGUGUAUAUCUGCCAUCAAACCUAUUGAUCACAUUUUUCA